GGCUUCCGGUGCUGUUGACGAGCGGUGUCCGGCAAGCAGGGCCGCGUCCAGGGACACUCGGGCAGAAACCAUGGCGGACGGCGGCUCGGAACGGGCUGAUGGGCGCAUCGUCAAGAUGGAAGUGGACUACAGCGCCACUGUGGAUCAGCGUCUGCCGGAGUGCGAGAAGCUGGCCAAGGAAGGAAGACUUCAAGAAGUCAUUGAAACCCUCCUCUCUUUGGAAAAGCAAACCCGCACGGCCUCUGACAUGGUGUCUACAUCCCGGAUCCUAGUGGCAGUCGUGAAGAUGUGCUACGAGGCUAAAGAAUGGGAUUUACUAAAUGAAAAUAUCAUGCUUUUGUCAAAAAGACGGAGUCAGCUAAAACAAGCUGUUGCAAAAAUGGUUCAACAGUGCUGUACUUAUGUUGAGGAAAUCACAGACCUCCCAACAAAACUUCAAUUAAUUGAUACUCUACGAAUGGUUACAGAGGGAAAGAUUUAUGUGGAAAUCGAGCGGGCGCGCCUGACCAAGACACUGGCAACCAUAAAAGAGGAAAGUGGUGACGUGAAGGAGGCCGCCUCCAUCUUACAAGAGCUGCAGGUGGAAACGUACGGGUCAAUGGAAAAGAAAGAGCGAGUGGAGUUUAUCUUGGAGCAGAUGCGGCUCUGCCUUGCUGUGAAGGAUUACAUCCGGACACAAAUCAUCAGCAAGAAAAUUAACACCAAGUUUUUCCAGGAAGAAAACACAGAGAAAUUAAAGUUGAAGUAUUAUAACUUAAUGAUUCAGCUGGAUCAACAUGAAGGCUCUUACUUGUCUAUCUGUAAACACUACAGAGCAAUUUAUGACACUCCCUGCAUACAGGCAGAAAGCGAGAAGUGGCAGCAGGCUCUGAAGAGCGUGGUUCUCUAUGUCAUCCUGGCGCCGUUCGACAACCAGCAGUCAGACCUGGUGCACCGAGUAAGUGCUGACAAGAAGUUAGAAGAAAUCCCCAAGUACAAGGAUCUUCUGAAGCUGUUCACCACCAUGGAGUUGAUGCGCUGGACCACACUUGUGGAGGACUAUGGCAUGGAAUUAAGAAAAGGUUCUCGCGAGAGUCCGGCAACUGAUGUGUUUAGCUCCACAGAGGAAGGUGAAAAAAGAUGGAAAGACUUGAAGAACAGAGUGGUUGAACAUAAUAUUAGAAUAAUGGCCAAAUAUUAUACCCGGAUAACCAUGAAGAGGAUGGCCCAGCUGCUGGAUCUCUCUGUGGAUGAGUCGGAGGCCUUUCUCUCAAAUCUCGUCGUGAACAAGACCAUCUUCGCGAAAGUAGACAGGUUGGCAGGGAUUAUCAACUUCCAGAGACCCAAGGAUCCAAAUAAUUUAUUAAAUGACUGGUCUCAGAAACUGAACUCAUUGAUGUCGCUAGUGAACAAGACUACACACCUCAUAGCCAAAGAGGAGAUGAUCCACAAUCUGCAAUGAGGUUCGCAGUGCACUCAUGCUUUUAGGGAAGAGUGAAUAUGGGAAGUCAUUAAAAAAAGAGGAAAAAACAGACUAUUGUCAUGGUGUGUAUGUUGGGGUUUUCUUCUAUUCUCAGUUUCUUUGUCUGAAAGUUUAAAAGAUAGUGAAUAUGGUUGGGGCCCUCUUUGACCUUUUAAGUUUACUUAGUCAUUGUUUAACUUCUUGCAUUGGCAGGUGGUGCAAGAAUAUAAUAAUUUUUUAUUGUCUGACUCAAAAAAAAUGUGUCAUACCUUACCCAAAUGUUUUUCUACUUGAUACUUUUAGCUAUGAUUUGUUUUCAUUGCGCUAACAACCAUCAUCUAAUAAAAGCAGUGUGUGCA